AUUAGAAGGAGGCCAUCAAAUAGAUCUCACCAAGUUUCGGCACACACUCUGGGACGUCCUGACGCGAGGAGACAGUGUCAAGAUCAAAGAAGAACACGGGGCCCCGAGCGCUGCGAUGAGCGAAGGUCCUCACUUACAGCCCGGUGACAGCGAGUGGGAGGCUACCAAUCUGAAAAAGUUAGAAGAUGCCUAUGAGACAGUCAACACGGAAAUAAGUGAUCUACAGAAGAAGCUAGCUAUAGACUAUGGGACAGACUGGGAGUUUCUGUUUUUGAACGGCCAGUGUUACGAGCUGAAGGCAUAUGAGUAUACUUAUACUCUGUGCCCUUUCAAUCAAAUCACACAGAAGAGCACCGCAGGAACAGAGGUUUCAUUAGGAAAGUGGGGGAUGUGGGCACAACCAUCGAGGAACCAGUACAAUCAGAUGGUGUAUGAGAACGGAGAGCUGUGCUGGCAAGGAGGUCCACGCAGCACUACAGUCACACUGACAUGCGGAACGGAGACAGCCUUGCGAUCAGUGAAGGAACCGAGCAAAUGCCAGUACAUCAUGGACUUGCAGACUCCUGUGGCCUGUCAGCCGGUGCUGCAGCAGAGGGACGUGCACAGCGAGCUGUGACCGCUCCCCGUCCUGGUCCUAGCCCGGGAGAACUUGGACCCCUGCCUCUCUCGGGUGGCCUGCAGUGGCAGGCCCGGGUCCCCGGGGCCCCCCCCCCGAUAUCCGCGUUGUCACAACGUGUAUACUUCCCAGCAAGUUUGUCUGAGGUCAUGUUGUGUUUUUCAGGAACGUUGCUCCACGACCACUUUAGUUUUUAUUUAUUGGUUCAGAUAUGUUUACAUCCUGUUCUCUGUUACAGUUUGCAAUGAGCAUUUAUUGAAUAGUCUUAUAACACUUACUUGUGAGGCCCACCAAUAUUACUGGGUAAAUUAGAUAAGUAAUAAAAUAAGAAUAGAUCAGUUGUAGUAUCUUAGAGCAUUGGUGUUAUUACUGCUUUAAACAACUACUUGUUCAUAUGCACAAAAAGAAAGGGCUAUGUUCCUCCACCUGACUGUAGAGGUGCUUUAUUACAGCUUUACUAAAGUAUUUACUUAAAUCCUACUCCAGUUAAGUAUACAUCUGAACUAUUAUUCAGAAUCUACUAGAAAAGAAAAUACAAAAAAAAACACCUCAGUGAACUGCUGUACUGAAACAAUGAAAUGUUGUUCUGAUCACGAGCAGAGUACAGUAGAUCACCUCGUCUGUCAUAGGUCAGGGUUAGUUCCUUGGUGUGCAUCUUUACUCUUUGAUGCCUCACAAUGGGCAAAUUAUUGCUAUCUUUUGUUCCCUUUGGUUUGGUUCCCAUGAAUGUGGAAGUGCCACCUUAAAGUCAAAUCUUAAAAGACGUGAAGACUACAAACUCUUAAAUGUCCUUAUGACUAACUGAACACAUAAAUAUAUUGUGGAACACUGAUGUAUAAGUUGUGUAAUGU